AUGUUGCUGACUAUUAAUGUUUUACAGGCAACCUGGACUGGUCGCCAUUUAUUCGACGCAGUUUGUCGCAUUAUAGGCCUCCGUGAAGUGUGGUUUUUUGGUCUACAAUACACCAAUAAGAAGGGUUUGCCAUGUUGGUUGCAAAUGGAUAGGGAGAUAAGAAAACAAGAUGUUCCACGAGAAGGAGAUGGAUGUAUGCAAUUUCUUUUCCUGGUAAAGUUCUAUCCAGAGGAUGUGGAAGAAGAGCUUAUCCAAGAUCUCACAAGGCAUCUUUUCUUUUUACAAAUAAAACAAGCCAUAUUAUCUAUGGAUCUCUAUUGCUCACCUGAGGCUUCUGUUCUUCUAGCAAGUUUUGCCGUUCAAGCAAUAAAUGGCGACUGCACGGAUGACACUGGGCCACUAGAUUUGGAUAAAUUACUGCCGAAAAGCGUCAUUGAUCAGUACGAUAUGAGUGCUGAUAUGUGGAGGGAGCGUAUUAAACGUUGGUGGAUCAACAACCAAGGCCAGUCUAGGGAGGACGCCGAAAUGGAGUAUCUACGUGUUGCUCAAGAUCUCGAAAUGUAUGGAAUCCUCUACUAUCCCAUCUGUAACAAAAAAGAAACUGAUUUACAUCUUGGCAUUUCGGCUCAAGGUCUUGGAAUAUACAAGGGCUCAAAUAGAAUAACACCGAGACCGUUCUUUUCAUGGAGCGAGAUCAAAAACAUUUCGUUCUAUAACAAGAAGUUUCACAUGAAAACGGUGGACAAGUCAAAGAUAUCAUUUCGUGCUCAAGAAAGGACUAUUAAUCCUUCCAUUCUUGAUUUGUGCAUAGGAACUCACAAUCUAUAUCUCCGACGGCGUCAACCGGAUACCCUAGAGGUGCAACAGAUGAAAGUAUUAGCGAAGGAGGAACGAGCGCGUAGACAGCAAGAACUUGCUCGCAUUGCUAGAGAACGAGAAGAACGUCUGCAAGUGGAAAAUGAACGAAAUCAAUUGAAGGCAGAGGUGGAAAAGAUUGCGGAACAACUCGCGCAGGCCAAGGUGAGACACCGUUUUAGUUGGGAGCUGGUUCCAGUUGCUACCAUAGUCAUAUACCUACAGGUUACUUUCAUGAGAUAUCACUUCCACUUGUUUUACUUGAAGGAAACCGCUCGCAAAACAGAGGAAACAGCAGAGCUUCUUGCCGAGAAGGCGAGAGCGAGCGAACAAGAAACGCUUAUGCUCACAAAAAGAGUCAGUGAAGCGGAGGCGGAGUGUCAUCGGUUGCAGAUGAAUCAUGUCAAGGUGCGACUAAUUAUUGUUUGA